AUGUCGAGCUCUUUUGUUUUCAGAAACUGCCUAGGAAGCCCUCUGGCUUGCUCCCCUGCCCAGGUAGAGAGAUGCCCUUGUGCUCGCUGGAGACUGGCCCUGAAAGCCAGAGAAGGGAAGGUUGGGAAGGAGUUAGCCGUACGGGACGGCGGGGCCCUCGGCCCUGGCCGGGAGCUGGGGCGCAUUGUCACUGAUGUUGCAGUUGGUGUGAAGAGAGGAUCUGACGAACUUCUUUCAGGCAGUGUACUCAAUAGCCCGAACUCUAACAUGAGCAGCAUGGUAGUUACUGCCAAUGGUAAUGACAACAAGAAAUUCAAAGGUGAUGAUAAAAUGGAUGGGGCUCCUUCGCGUGUUCUUCAUAUCAGGAAAUUGCCUGGGGAAGUGACAGAAACAGAAGUUAUUGCUUUAGGUUUACCUUUUGGUAAGGUAACCAACAUCCUGAUGCUGAAAGGGAAAAAUCAGGCGUUUUUGGAACUUGCUACAGAAGAAGCAGCUAUCACUAUGGUUAAUUACUACUCUGCUGUGACACCUCAUCUUCGUAACCAGCCUAUCUAUAUCCAGUAUUCCAAUCAUAAAGAACUAAAGACUGAUAACACGCUUAACCAG